AUGGACAGCGAAGUCGAUAAGGAGAAGGAAGACGACAUUGGUGACGAAUUCGAAGGCCGUGAAGAUAGACCGACGACCAACGCUCCACAUACUACAGCUCCCAACCCUACGACCCCUGGCACCACCACCAAGGCUCCUGGGACCACCAAAGCUCCUGCUACCACCACCAAGGCUCCUGCUACCACCACCAAGUCUCCUGCUACGACCGCCAAGGCCCCAUGCACUACCAAGGCUCCUAGCACCACCAAGGCUCCUAGCACCACCAAGGCUCCUAGCAUUACCACUAAGGCUCCUGAGACCACCCAGACUCCUGCUACCACCUCCAAAGCUCCAGGCUCCUUGCUCCACCAAGCCUCCUGCUACCACCACCAAGGCUACUGCAACCACAACCAAGCCACCUUCUACUACCACAGCUUCUGUCUCUACCACAUCGGCAGCUCCCAUCACCACCACCUCCCGUCACCACCACCAAUUCGCCUGCUACCACGACGACGGCUCCAGUGA